AUGUACUGCCGCAGAGAUGCCCCGGGGCCCCGUCCAGAGACUGCCCAGCCCGGCGGGUGGAGGGGAAGUGAGGGCGCCGCCGUGUGGGAGAAGGAGGCAGGCGGGAGCCCGGGGUGGAGCCGUCUCCCCGCAGGACACGGGAGAUUUGCUUUCCCGGGCAAGUGCACGAGUGGAUGCUACCGCCGGGCGGCAGAGAACUGCCAGUCGCACAGCUCCUUAAAGGGGUCCGAGGGCGGCACGUGUCACACGGAGACGUUCCUCGGCCUGUAUAACGAAUGUCCCUGCCAGCAGGGCCUGACUUGUAUAUUUCCGAAGAAUGAGAAAUCAUUUAAAAUCGUCUACGGCCAUUGUAAGAAAAUUGGAAAAAAAAGAAGCCAGCUAAGAAAACUUUCUUUUAAUGAUCUCUCUUCCUUGCCUCCCCCACUUCUCCUCCACCUACUCCUGUGCCUACCCAGAACUGUGUGUUCCUGUCCCUGGUCCCCAGAGCCUCCCCCAACAGGGGAAGGACAAGGAGGGAGGGGUGAUGCACAAUCAUUGCAAUAA